AUGGUGUGGCCGUUGAAGGAGAGAAGGGGUCCAGCAUGGAAGCAGGGGUGGACAACAAACACUUUGUGCUCUUUAUCUGCGCCACCUCUGCAACUCCUCGCCAUAGUUGCCAUAGUCAUGUUUUUGUUAUUUGUUCCGUCUUACGUUAACUUCAAGUCCACCGUGCACACCGCCACUGUCGGUUUCCACCUCUUCCUCUUGCUGUUGCCCCUUUUCUUGAUUGUCGUUGCCUACGCCAUCUCUAAACAUGGAUCGCGCCUUGUGCUUCCGGCGCCGCCACCAUUCUUGGGUGGCAUACGACUGAGAACAGACGGCGGGGGGUUUCCCUGGGGCGUGGCGGCGUUGGUGGUGUUGCUUUUGGUUUUGGCCUCUUACCUCUCCAAUUUCAGGUCCAUGUGGUCACCUCUCAUUUGGACACCCUACUAG